AUGAAUCCAGACAUAAAUGGGCAGCCUGGUGUCUUCCAAGAUAUUCUGAAUCCAGAAAAGAAAUUGUUCCGAGAAGAAUUUCACCAAUAUUUUUCUGCUACCCGCAAAACAAGCAGCCAGUCCAGGACCACAGCCACUGGUAGCGAGAUACCAUCUGUAGACACCGCUUCCUUCCAUUCUGCCAUGUCCAACGCUCUUCCUUCAUCGGUGGAAAAGUGCAUCCUGUCAGUGCGUCCGCUCAUAGAAGCUUACGCCGAUUAUUUGGAUCAAUUUGAGGUGGCCAGGACAAAAACAGAAGCGCCUCAGUUUGGUGCACCUGGUGAUAUUGCUCAGUGGAUCCAAUCUAGGUCUUUCAAAUUUUUUGAGGCUCAGGAAGGAAUCGCUAGCAUACACUUGAGAGUUGAUGAUACAGGAAAGGGUCCAUCGAAA